AAACUUUUAGUGACACAUGUACUGUGGGUGUCCAUACAUGAGCAGAGGUACCAGAGCAGAAACGCAAACAUGAGGAUGCACACACUUUUGUCCGCAACUCUGCUGGGCCUGCUGCUGUGGGCCUCCUGCAUCCGGGCCGACGACACAGACGCCAAACAGACAGAAACACAAGAAGACGCAUCGAAGGAGACGACCGAAGAGAAUCCAGGAGAGGAGGAGGACACCAAAGAGCCACCAAAGAAAGAGAAAACAACGGAGAUAGAGGAGGAGAAAGAUGUGAUGGUUCUCCACAUCAACAAUUUUGCCAGAGCACUCAGCGAGAAUCAGUAUCUACUGGUUGAAUUCUGUAAGAGAGGCGGGCCCCUCUUCAGCAAAAGGGGGGGAGGAAAAAAAAAAAAAAAAAAAAGCGGGGCCUGUUUUCCCCCCCAACCAAGCGACGAUGCGUUGGCCAAAGUGGACGCCACAGUAGAGACGGAGCUGGCCGAAGAGUUUGACAUCGGAGGCUUCCCAACUCUGAAACUGUUUGUAAACGGAGACCGCAAGCAGCCUGUCGACUACACUGGUAAGAGGACAACAAAUGGAAUAAUCCAGUGGAUGAAGCGCCGUGCAGGCCCCGGUGCUCCAGUGCUCGACUCUGCAGACUCUGCAGCUCAGUUCAUCGAUUCCCAAAAUAUCACUGUUGUAGGAUUCUUUGAUAAUCUGGAAAGUGAGGCGGCUAAGGUGUUCAAGGAGCUUGCUUUACAGAUUACUGAAACAGAGUUUGCUGUGUCAGCGAGUCCGGAGGUUUUCCAGAAGUAUGAAGUAAAAGCCAACUCAGUGGUGCUCUUCAAAAAGUUUGAUGACGGCAGAGCAGACUUUUCAUUGUCAGAAGAUGGGAAGCUGGACAAAACAAAUCUGACCACCUUCAUCAAGGUCAACAGCCUGGAGCUGAUCAUCCCAUUCAGCAAGGAGAGUGCAGAUAAGAUCUUCACCUCCAGCAUCCUCCUGCACAGCCUGCUGAUCAUCAACUCCUCUGUGGAGAGUCAGAAAGCCAUAUUGGACGACUGCAGGACCAUUGCCAAAGAGUUCAAGGGCAAGAUGCUGUUUGUUGUGAUUGAUGUGACAGAAGCCCUGUCUAAUGUGCUGAAUUAUUUCGGCGUGUCCGAGAACGACGCCCCCACUGCACGCUUGAUCAACAUGGACACAGGAAAGAAGUUCCGCAUUGGUGCCGGGGAUCUUACCCCAAAUUCACUGAGACAGUUGUGCCAAGACGUUGUGGACGGCACUGCCAAGCCCUACUAUCGGUCUGAGGAGAUCCCAGAGGACUGGAAUAAAGGACCAGUCAAAGUUCUGGUGGGGAAGAAUUUUGAGUCUGUUGCUCUGGACCCGACCAAAAACGUCUUUGUGGAGUUCUAUGCUCCAUGGUGUGCACACUGUAAGGAACUGACUCCCAUCUGGGAACAGCUGGGCGAAAAGUACGCCGACAAAGAUGACAUCAUCAUAGCCAAAAUGGACUCCACAGCCAACGAGGUGGAGUCUAUUGCCAUCCAGGGAUUCCCAACGCUCAAAUACUUCCCAGCUGGUGGCAAAGAGGUGGUCGACUACACUGGAAAUAGGGAUCUGGAGACCCUGUCUAAGUUCCUGGAUAAUGGAGGAGUGUUGCCUGAGGGAGGAAGUGAUGAAGAGGAAGAUGAGGAAGAUGAGGAUGAUAAGGAAGGUGACGGUGCUGUUGAUGAGGAGGCCGAUGAGUCUGCAGAGGUACCGACCAAUGGAACAUCUAAAGAUGAGCUGUGAUGUCACUUUGUUUUUUUCGGCCAAUCAACUUAGAACCUUCCAAUUAUUCUUAAUACAAUUAAUUUGGGUUACAAUGGGUCUUAAACACUGCUUAGGUUUGUCUUAAUGUUUGAUUUUAUACAAAACCGGAUUUGUUUUUUACAACAUAAUAGUCACUGUGUGUAAAUAUUACAUUUAAUAUCUCAUAAUGUCUAAUGAGUUCAAUUUCAUACACGUUUAUGUAACAAGUAAGUAACAUUGUUAAAUAUGACUUAGGCUAUUUCUGACUUUGACUGGAGUAAUGAAAAACAUAAAUAAAACAUAAAUAAGUUU